UUAUUCAUAAUCAUUUUUCACAUUUUAUCAAAUGCUUAUUAGAGGUUUAUAAAACGUUUGAUAAAAAUUGUUAUUCAUAAUCGUCAUUUAGCGCUAAAAUCCUCUUUUAUCUGUGUGAUAAGUUAUCGAGAGCUCGGGCCUUGUUUAAAGCUCUAAUAAACCUAUUUUAACCUAACUUUUAUAAAUGUCAUUUCAUAUGAAUGUCACUUCGUUGGUUUAUUUAUUCAAAAUAUCCUUGCUGUGAUCCUUGCUUGUGAAAAUGAAUGCUAUAAAUGCAAUUGUGCAUUUAGCCAAUAAUGCCGACCCAGCGCGACGUAGAAAGCUCUACCGCCAACGAAGCAACCCAUUCGAUUUGCGGGACCUAAAUUUUAAAAUAAAAUAUAGGUUCAAUAAGGACACAGUGCGCACCAUCAUAGAUUUGGUGGAAGAUGAUCUGGUUCAGAGCGCUAGAGGUGGUGGCACGUGUCCUGAACUGCAAGUUUUAGUGGCCAUAAGAUGUUGGGGACGUCGUGAGGUACAAGAUGAUGCUGGUGACCUCCAUGGCCUAAGUCAGCCGACAGUGAGCCGGAUAUGCGCCAGAGUCGCGCAUGCAAUCGCGAAUAAGGCAAAUUCCUUCAUCAAAAUGCCUAUCACUAUAGGAGAGCAGGAAAGAAUUAGUGCCAAAUUUAGAGCAAUUAAAAAUUUUCCUGGGGUGAUAGGAGCCAUAGAUUGCACCCACAUUAAAAUUAAAAAAACCGGAGGUGACAUGGCCCAGUACUAUAUUAAUAGAAAAGGCUAUUAUUCCCUGAAUGUUCAGGUUGUCUGUGAUGCUGACCUCAAAAUAAUGGAUAUAGUGGCUAGAUGGCGAGGCAGUACACAUGACAGUCGAAUUUUUAUGGAGAGCAAUAUAAAACAACGAUUUGAGGAUAGGCAGUUUAGAGGACGCCUUAUUGGCGAUUCGGGCUACCCUCUUCUGCCAUAUCUAUUUACACCUAUUUUAAGGCCUAGUCGUCCAGAAGAAGAAGCAUACAAUAAUGCUCACAUCUCAACUAGGAACACUGUUGAAAGGUGUUUUGGGGUGUGGAAGCAGCGGUUCCAAUGCCUACUCCAUGGCUUACCAGUAAGCCUCCAAAAUGGAAAAGCUGUGAUCAUAGCAUUGGCUGUAUUACAUAAUAUAGCCAUUGAUAUGAAUGACACAUUGUUAGAACAACAUAUGGAGCAGGUCCCUGUAACUCCGCAACUUUCGACGGAGAACAGUGUUCACGACAACCGACCUUCAUUGUUGAGGCGUAGGUCGCAGUUGAUACUACAAAAUUUUAUAAAUCAACAUUUUUGAAUGAUACUGUUCCUGGCAUCUUAAUGAAAAUAAAAAGAAUAUUUGAUUGAAAAA